AUGUCUGGCGGUUGGACUCUACUUAUCGGCUUGAUUGUCGUUGUUGCCGCUUCUUUGGCCGCCUGGUUCUUCAGCCCAAAGGGCAACAACCUGACUGUCUGGCGCAGCACCCUCAUCCUCUCCUUUAUUUCCUGCUACUUGAUGUGGGCUAUCAUCUUCCUCGCACAGCUGCAUCCUCUUAUCGCACCAAAGAGAUCCGAUAUCCGUCCUGGACGGGUACCUAAUUAA